AAAGGGGAGGGGAGCGGGAGGGGGGACACAGAGGGGCUGGAGCCCUGGGCUUCCUGAAGCUGGGGCUGCAUCAUGGACCACCUCAGGGCACCCCUCUGGCCUCGGGUUGGCCCCCUCUGUCUCCUACUUGCUGGGGCAGCCUGGGCUCCCUCACCCAGUCUCCCGGACCCCAAGUUUGAGAGCAAAGGUAAGAGCUGUACAUGGGUACCUUUUCAUUAUCUGGGACAUGGUAGAAAUCGCAAGGGCGGGGGCUGGAAUAAUUCUCCAUCAAUGGGCUCCGGUGUCACAUUGGAGUUGGGGCACUCCGUCAUCGUGGUGGUCAAAAUGCUCUGGAUUCCACGAUCUGAGCAAAGGAUACCAGAAACUCUCCAGUCCCCUCCUACCCUCCCUGCUAGUUCAACCUUUUCUUCUCGGUUUCCCUCCUGGUUGCAUAGGGGUGAGUCACGAAAGUCGUGUCGCCUGCACCAGGCGCCCACAGUCCGCGGCUCCGUGCGUUUCUGGUGCUCACUGCCGACCGCGGACACGUCGAGCUUCGUGCCCCUGGAGCUGCGCGUGACGGCGGCCUCCGGAUCUCCUCGCUACCACCGCAUCAUCCAUAUCAAUGAAGUUGUGCUCCUGGACGCCCCCGCAGGGUUGCUGGCGCGUCGGGCAGAAGAGGGCAGCCACGUGCUGCUGCGCUGGCUGCCACCUCCUGGAGCACCUAUGACCACCCACAUCCGCUACGAAGUGGACGUGUCUGCAGGCAACCGGGCAGGAGGGAAGCAAAGGGUGGAGGUCCUGGAAGGACGCACUGAGUGUGUGCUGAGCAACCUGCGGGGCGGGACACGCUACACCUUCGCUGUUCGAGCGCGCAUGGCCGAGCCGAGCUUCAGUGGCUUCUGGAGCGCCUGGUCUGAGCCCGCGUCGCUGCUGACCGCUAGCGACCUGGACCCUCUCAUCCUGACGCUGUCUCUCAUCCUCGUUCUCAUCUCGCUGCUGCUGGCAGUGCUGGCCCUGCUGUCCCACCGCCGUGCUCUGAAGCAGAAGAUCUGGCCUGGCAUCCCAAGCCCAGAGAGUGAGUUCGAGGGUCUCUUCACCACCCACAAGGGUAACUUCCAGCUGUGGCUGCUACAGCAUGAUGGCUGUCUGUGGUGGAGCCCCAGCAACUCCUUCCUCGAGGAUCCACCUGCCCACCUAGAAGUCCUCUCAGAGCGCUGCUGGGGGGUGCCACAGGCAGGGGAGCCAGGGGCGGAUGACAAGGGGCCCUUACUGGAGCCAGUGGGCAGUGAGCAUGCCCAGGACACCUACUUGGUAUUGGAUGAGUGGUUGCUGCCCCGGAGCCCAUGCAGUGAGGACCUCUCUGGAUCUGGGGACAGUGUGGACCCAGGGACUAUGGAUGAAGGCUCAGAAGCGUCUUCCUGCCCCUCGGACUUGGCCGCAAAGCCCAGGCCAGAGGGCACCUCGCCUUCCAGCUUUGAGUACACCAUCCUGGACCCCAACUCUCAGCGCCUAUGCCCGAGGGCACUGCCUCCUGAGCUGCCUCCCACUCCGCCUCACCUGAAGUGCCUGUACCUUGUGGUGUCAGAUUCGGGCAUCUCAACAGAUUACAGUUCCGGGGGCUCCCAGGGAGUCCAUGGGGACUCAUCUGGUGGGCCCUACUCCCACCCCUAUGAAAAUAGCCUUGUCCCAGACCCAGAGCCCCUGCACCCCAGCUACAUGGCCUGCUCCUAGGACUCCAAUCUACAAGAUUCCAAGCCUACAACUUCUUGAACAGGGUUGGUGAGGCCAUACUUAAAGUCACAGGUGACCCUCUGCUCAGCCCAUCCUGCCCAGGAAGAGACAGCCUUGCAAUGUUAAUAUGGACCGUUAGCUGUCUGUAUAUAAAAAUAUAAUACAUAUCGGUUUUUCUA